AUGUCCUCAGUAAUCUCUUCAAGAAUAAAUAGGGAAUCACCAACUCCUUUGGUGGAGGAAGAGUACUGUUCCUCUUCUAUGAAAAAUCACAAUGGAAAGGGUAAAGAAACUGGUCAAUCUUCUCAUUCCCCUCAAACCUUGUGCAUGAUUUGCAUGGAUGGGAAAGUAUCCAGUGAAAUGUUCACAAACAAUAGCUGCACUCACUCAUUUUGUGCUGACUGUAUUAGCCAAUAUGUUGCAACAAAGUUACAAGAAAAUAUAUCAUCAGUGAAAUGCCCUGAUCCAAACUGUAGAGGUCUCUUGGAGCCUCAGUGUUGCCGUGACAUUAUUCCACAAGAAGUAUUUGAUAGAUGGGGAGAUGCCCUUUGUGAAUCAUUGAUUCUUGGGUCUCAAAAAGUUUUACUGCCCCUACAAGGACUGCUCGGCUAUGUUAGUAGAUGA